CCGCGCCAUAGAAUCGCCCGGCGCCGCCUCCUCCUCUCUAACGCGUCGUCCCGUCGAGCGCCACCGCACUGGUUUCCUCGCCGUCGCGCGCCGUCGCUGCGCUCCUAUCCGCCUUCUCCAUACGCUGCCGGCUCUGCCACCCCUGCUCUAGGGUUCCUUUGCGGCCGCCGCGGCCCGUCUUCUGGAAGCGGAUCGGAGGCGGCGAGCGGGCGGGGAAAGCGGCGGCCAGAGGAGAUGCUCAAGUUCCUGUCCAGGGUGGUGGUGGAGUACAACCCCCUGGACCCGCGCAAGGCGGCGGCCGUGGAGCUCCUCGCACAGUGCAACGGCCGCAAGGCCAAGGACUCCAACCCCACCUGCUCCGUCGAGCUACGGCGCCUGCCCUCCCGGGCCGCGGCCGAAGACCCCGGGGCCCAGCCGCCCCCGCGCGUCCUCGUCACCUACCUCAACGGCGCCGAGGAGGCCUUCGUCGCCGCCGACGGCGCCACCGCGCAGGGCAUGCGCGACCAGAUCCUCGCCCGCGGCCGCCUCCUCGAGACCGAGCAGCUCUUCCGCGAGGCCGGGGAGAAGUGGCCCGUCGUCAUCCCCGAGGAGGAGCUCGGCAUGUCAUUCCCCGGUAUCAAGCCAAAGAAAGCCGAGGAGAAGCCCCAGGCUGCGUGAUCCAGUCAGAGCUGUUUCAGUCGUAACAUUUCACGUGUGGUUAACUAGCAGAACAUCUGUUGUCCCAUAAAUGUCAUGAAAGAAGGCUUGGCGCAUUUGGGAGCUUUUCUUCGGAUCUUCGUUGACUAGUUCAGCUUCAGAGCAUGUCCCUUUGUCCCCUUUUUUAUUUCCUUCCUCGGAACAUCCUAUGUUGAGUGGACAUUGGAUAACUCGUUUAAAUUGUUGAUUAUGAUUAUACAAUCAUACAAGCACUAUUGUAA